AUCGCACACUCCGAUCCAGUCCCGCAACAGGCUCCCGCCAAUUCUGAGCGGGGAGCGCGAGGGGAGUCUGGCCGGGGAUGAGACUGGUCUGAAACGGCUGGACCGGGAUUACACAGGGAAAAAAACAGAACCAACCGCUCUAAAAGUAACAGAAACCCAUCAAAUUCGCAGUCGACACGUUAAUGUUAUACAUGGAAAAGACGUGCAGUCGAUGACUAGCCUUAAGGAGCUUUGUAUGGAGUACAAAAAAGCGCUGCCCGUUUCCGUUUAACGUUUCCAGCGCGAGGAGUUGAAGGGCGCGCGGAUGGUGGUCGUGAUGCUCGCGGCCGAAGAGCCUCUGGCCUCCACACCACGAAGAGGCAUGGAUUGUGUGGGCAAAGCUAAUACCAGCAAGAAGCUUGUUCAAGCACGUCUACCUUUCAAAAGGCUCAACCCAGAAACCAAGGAAUGCAGUGAGCCCAAAAGAACCAAAGGUCCUGUUGUCCCCAAGUGUUCUGAACCCAGUGCGUCGGAUGGAGAAAAUGAUGGGGACAGUUCCUCCACCCCGCUGCACCGUGGCCCAGCUCUGGUAAAUGGCCGUGGACCACUUGAUUGCUUCAUGAGCAGGCCGAAGCAUUCCCCGGUCUGCUGUGGCCCUGAAACAAUAGACCUUACCGAAGACUCAAAUGAUGCUGUCAAACAGCAGCCUGCACCUCCAAUUGCUGCCACCUGCCCCCUUAGCGAAGAAACAACGAAGGAUGCAGAACAUGCCACAAAAUCUUGUGCUGCCACCUGCCCCCUUAGCGAAGAAACAUCGAAGAAUGCAGAACAUGCCACAAAAUCUACAGAACCAACCACCCCACUGACAAAAAAAGAGACUGAGAAGGACGAAGAUGCCCUCCCACUGCUGGACAUUUCUCAAGAGUCUGACACUGAGGAAGAAGAGCAGCAGGAGACUGAAGACACUGAGGAAGAAGAGCAGCAGGAGACUGAAGUCAGUCACGGGAAUGAGUCUGUGCUGUCGACCGAGUCUACCAGCUCUCUCUCAGUGGUAGAGAGCUCACCAGAGCCCAGCAAGAGCUCUCCCACCACCCCUGCCUCUACGUCACGGAUAAACGCAGCUAGUAAAAUGAAGAGACGAUCCCUUAAGAGUGUCCAAGAGCAGGAGGAGAAGCAGCGACAAAAGGAAGAGAAAGAACGCCAGAAAGAAGAGGCCAAAGCUGCCAAGGAAAUGAAGAAAGAGGAGGCCCGCAAGCUAAAGGAAGAGAAGGAGAGGGAGAAAAAAGAAAAGAAGGAGAAGGAUGAAAAGGAGCGACGAGAAAAAAAGGAGAGGGAGGAGAAGGAAAAGGCAGAGAAACUAAGAGCUAAAGAAGAGCAGCGGCAAAUUAAAAUUGAGGCCAAACUGGAAGAGAAAAGAAAGAAAGAGGAGGAAAAACGGUUGAAGGAAGAGAAAGAUCGAAUCAAAGCUGAGAAGGCUGAGAUUACACGCUUUCUACAGAAGCCCAAGACCCAGUUGGCACCAAAGACUCUGGCGUCUGCCUGUGGAAAAUUUGCUCCUUUUGAGAUUAAAGCUAACAUGUCUCUGGCACCACUGACUCGAGUACAAUGUGAAGACUCAGUUCUAGAGGAGCUGGACCAUUAUCUUGCCCAACCUGACAGCACUCUAAAUGGACUGAAGGACUGGACAAGGCACAAACCUCGCCGUUCAGGUCCAACCCAGCCCAGUCACAGUGCUGUAAGAGAUUGUGUGGUCAUAACUGACAGCCAAAAGGCAGAUGGCGUCCCAGACCGCCACCGUUAUGGCCGCAUGAAACUCCUGCAAUUCCAUGACAACUAUCGUCCAGCUUACUGGGGGACCUGGUGUAAAAAGAGCACUCGCAUCUCUCCACGCUGCCCACUGAGACAACACAAGGGCCUGCUGGAUUAUGAGGUGGACAGUGAUGAAGAGUGGGAGGAAGAGGAGCCAGGAGAGUCUCUGUCACACAGUGAGGGGGAUGAUGACGAUGAAGGAGGAGAUGAUGACGACGAUGAUGAUGGGUUCUUUGUGCCCCACGGUUAUCUGUCAGAAGGGGAAGGAGCACUAGAGGAAGACGAGGAGGGUGGAGAUCCGGAGAAACAGAAGGUGCGUCAGAGGAUGAAGGCUCGUGAAUGGGAGAAUGAGUUGAUGUCUAAAGGGAAGGUGAAGGUGUUGGAAUCGGUGGUGCGUGGCUGCCUGUGGGAGGGGGAAGAACCUGGGCUGUACCUCCUGCAACCGUAUGCUAUCUGCAUUCUUGAGCCUUUACCCAGAGAUGAGCCCUGUAUCCCUGAACAGGGCCUCUCACGCCAACAGAGGAAUGAGAAAUUGCUGUCACAGCUGCUGCCCUUGCUGCAUGGGAAUGUGAACAGCAGUAAAGUCAUAAUCAACGAGUUCCUGGAGUUCUGUCGCCAGCAAACAUCCUCGCCCACAGAAAGUCCUCAGAAUUGUAAUGACAAUGUCCCACCCAGGAUCCAAAUCAGGCGUAUCAUAAAGGAGCACGCCGUGUACGAAAAGCGCUCCACUUACAGACGAUGCUGCUGGUACGUGCAUCCGGAAGUUCUGGCCCGUCAUUCUCAGGAGGCCUUGUCCGUUCCCUGCCAGUGGACCUACCUCACCUCCGGCGCUCAGAUUACCCGUGACGAGCACGCCGGCUCACAGGGCAACUCGCCCACCACGUCCAGUUCCACCACACCAUCCAACAAGAGGAAAAGCACUGAGACCAUGGAGACCGAUGGCUUCCAAGCAGACACUGAAGAUGAUGAAGACGAUGAUUGCAUCAUCAUUGGGGAACAAUCUGGAUUCUCUGAACAGGAUGCCAACACAUCCUUGCGACGAACCAAGAGAAACACGGAGCCCAUGGACACGAAUGCAUCCAAAACUGCUGCUCUUGCCCUACCCUGCCUUACCCCAGCCACCACCUGAGAUCUGACCCCUUCUUGUUGGGUUUGCAUGCAUGUGAACCAGACACUCAAAAUCUGAUCUACAGUUCAAAGGAUCAUACCGUAUUAAAGGUCCCUGGAAUGAAUCAUUUGUUUCCUCUUCUUUAAGUGGAGAUGUGCUAGAUGGUCUACUGCUCUUCUUCAUAGGAGAGGUCCCACUUUUUGAAAGCGUGUAAAGACUCUGCUGGUACAUUCAUCAGCUCUGACACUGCUGGGCUCAGUGCUCCGCACCAUUGUUUUAAAUCCUUUAAUUUUUUUUUCGCUCAGAAUACUUGAAAUGGUGUAUGUCUUUCAAAAAUAAUGACAAUUGAAAUAUAUUGCACUUUUAUAUUCCAUUUGCGUUUCUUUUUCUUCUACCCCCAUCUUAACUUCUUUAGCCCACCAGAAGUCUUUCCCUUGUUCCAAGAGGCUUUGUAUAAAAACAGCAUAUGCCAUUUGUUGACCAGGCUGCCUUAUGUGGUGUAAAUACUAUUUUUGUUUUUUUUGAACAAUGGCGUAGAAGCUGAAAUAGUAUGUGGCCAUCUAACGGGAAAAAACAGCAGCAUUGGCAUUUCUUUUGGUGAAGUGUUUUCUUAAUUGUCUCGAAUAAACUGCGCCGUAGUUUGCUACAAUGGGUUUCCUACAAAGCUUGUUUAAAUAAAGCAUUAUUUAAAAAUGAACAAUUUUUAAUAUGCUGUUAAACAUUUUCCUUCCAUGUGAUCACAUGUACAAGAGUUACUUUCUCAGAGACAUUUGGUUUUUCACAUACACGCAUCACAUUCGACAAUGCAUUUUAUUUCAUACAUCACAUCAAAUGCAACAGAACACAACAUUUUGAACUUGACAAAAUAUGUUAAAAUACAAGCACUGUUCAUUUAUAAUAUAGCAUGGUUUAAUAAAGGAACAAGUUUGUGACAAUAUUCUUCUGCAACGGAAUCAGUCUAAUACCCAAAGUAUUCACAAAAGCAGGUGCAUUUUUAACCUGAUUGUGCAAGAUUUCCGGAGUCAGCCAUUUUACAAAAACGGUCCAUUGUACUCCAUAAUAUUGCAAACUGGUAUUUGUUAUAUUUUUCAUAUUUAUAAACACUUGUUUGUAACGCAAUCAUUUACCAUUUUACCGCUAGUUAUAAUUUAACUAGCUUCUAAUGAAGCAAAAUUCUUGCAUGUUGAUGGUAAAUGGUUUACUUUUGUGUUUAAAAAUCAGGUGGAGCUUUGAUGCCAUCACAUAGCCUUUCAAAAUAUAUUAAUUUAUUGGUUAAUAUAUUUAUCGUCUAGUGUCUGUGCUGUUUCUCUCCAGAAGUCAUUUUUAACAUAACCAUUUGUAAAUGCAAGGCUUCCGGUGUUUAUCACUUCCAGUUACCUUAGCUGUUAUGCUGCUAAAUAUUGCAAACUGAUAUUUAUCAUUUUAAUUCAUUAUAACCAUAAACACUUGUUUGUAGCGCCAACAGUUUUACAGUUUACUGCACUUUAUUACUCUAUUGAUAUUCUUCUAGUUUAGAUCUAGUGGCUAAUGAAGUGGAAAUCUUGCACAUUCACAGCUGGGCCAGUGUUGCAAUCUUGUGGACAACUAGUGCAAAAAAAAAAAAAACUGGAUGAAAUUUGUCACGUGCAUUGGGUGUAUUCAAUUAGCUGACAUUUUAAAUGAAAUGAGUGGACAUUUAUCUGCAUUGGGAGGUAGAUUGUUGUUGGAGACCAGAGCUUUUAGUCUAAUUUAAGUUGCGUUAUAACAUUCAUGCGUAGUUUCAUUUAUGUUAAGCAGGAAAUAAAACAAAAGACAAUCAGAACUUGGUAGAGCUCACGUUA